AUGCAUAUGUAUAUGGAAAGUGGUGCAUUGGCCAGGUCGGUCAGGCCAAGGAGAACGGACGUGGACGUGGACGUGGACGUGGACAUGGUUGUGGACGUGGUCGUGGACGUGGACGUGGACGUGGACGUGGACGUGGAGGUGGACGUGGACGUGGACGUGGACGUGGACAUGGACGUGGACGUGGCCGUGGACGUGGACAUGGACGUGGACGUGGACGUGGACGUGGACGUGGACAUGGACGUGGACGUGGCCAUGGACGUGGCCAUGGACGUGGAGGUGGACGUGGACGUGGACGUGGACGUGGACGUGGACGUGGCCAUGGACGUGGACGUAGACGUGGACUUGGACGUGGACGUGGACGUGGACGUGGACGUGGACGUGGACGUGGUCGUGGAGGUGGACGUGGAGGUGGACGUGGACGUGGACGUGGACGUGGACGUGGACGUGGACGUGGACGUGCACGUGGACGACGUGGACGUGGACGUGGACGUGGACGUGGACGUGGACGUGGACGUGGACGUGAACGUGGACGUGGUCGUGGACGUGGACGUGGACGUGGACGUGGACGUGGACGUGGACGUGGACGUGGACGUGGACGUGGACGUAGUCGUGGACGUGGACGUAGACGUGGACCUGGACCUGGACGUGGACGUGGACAUGGACAUGGACGUGGACGUGGACGUGAACGUGGACAUGGACGUGAACGUGGACGUGGACCUGGACAUGGACGUGGACGUGGACGUGGUCGUGGACGUGGACGUGGACUUGGACGUGGACGUGGUCGUGGACGUGGACAUGGACGUGGACGUGGACUUGGACGUGGACGUGGACUUCGACGUGGACUUCGACGUGGUCGUGGACGUGGUCGUGGACGUGGACAUGGUCGUGGACGUGGACGUGGACGUGGACGUGGACUUGGACAUGGACGUGGACGUGGACGUGGACGUGGACGUGGACGUGGACGUGGACGUGGACAUGGACGUGGACGUGGACGUGGACGUGGACGUGGUCGUGGAUGUGGACGUGGACGUGGACAUGGACCUCGACGUGGACGUGGACAUGGACAUGGACGUGGACGUGGACGUGGACCUGGACGUGGACGUGAACGUGGACGUGGACAUGGACGUGGACGUGGACAUGGACGUGGAGGUGAACGUGGACGUGGACAUGGACGUGGACGUGGACGUGGACAUGGUCGUGGACUUGGACAUGGUCGUGGACGUGGUCGUGGACGUGGACCUGGUCGUGGACGUGGACGUGGACGUGGACGUGGACAUGGACCUGGACGUGGACGUGGACAUGGACAUGGACGUGGACGUGGACCUGGACGUGGACGUGGACGUGAACGUGGACGUGGACGUGGACGUGGACGUGGACGUGGACAAGGUCGUGGACGUGGACGUGGACAUGGACGUGGACGUGGACGUGAACGUGGACGUGGACGUGGUCGUGGACGUGGACGUGGACGUGGACGUGGACAUGGACGUGGACGUGGACGAGAACGUGGACGUGGACAUGGACGUGGACGUGGACGUGGACGUGGUCGUGGACGUGGUCGUGGACGUGGACGUGGACGUGGACGUGGUCGUGGACGUGGACGUGGACGUGGACGUGGACUUGGACGUGGACGUGGACGUAGACGUGGACUUGGACAUGGUCGUGGACGUGGUCGUGGACGUGGACAUGGUCGUGGACGUGGACGUGGACGUGGACUUGGACGUGGACGUGGACGUGGACGUGGACGUGGACAUGGUCGUGGACGUGGACGUGGACGUGGACGUGGACGUGGACGUGGUCGUGGACGUGGACGUGGACGUGGACGUGGACGUGGACCUAGACCUGGACCUGGACGUGGACGUGGACAUGGACAUGGACGUGGACGUGGACGUGGACGUGGACGUGGACGUGAACGUGGACGUGGACGUGGACGUGGUCGUGGACGUGGACGUGGACGUGGACGUGGUCGUGGACGUGGACGUGGACAUGGACAACGUGGACGUGGACGUGGACGUGGACGUGGUCAUGGACGUGGUCGUGGACGUGGUCGUGGACGUGGACGUGGACGUGGACGUGGUCGUGGACGUGGACGUGGACUUGGACGUAGACGUGGACGUAGACGUGGUCGUGGACGUGGUCGUGGACGUGGUCGUGGACGUGGACGUGGACGUGAACGUGGACUUGGACGUGGACUUGGACGUGGACGUGGACGUGGACAUGGUCGUGGACGUGGACGUGGACGAGGACGUGGACGUGGUCGUGGACGUGGACGUGGACGUGGACGUGGACGUGGACGUGGACGUGGACAUGGACGUGGACGUGGACGUGGACGUAGACGUGGACGUGGACAUGGACGUGGACGUGGACGUGGACGUGGACAUGGUCCUGGACGUGGACAUGGACGUGGACGUGGACGUGGACGUGGACGUGGACGUGGACGUGGACCUGGACGUGGACGUGGACGUGGACGUGGAGGUGGACGUGGAGGUGGACGUGGACGUGGACGUGGACGUGGACGUGGACCUGGACGUGGACGUGGACGUGGACGUGGACUUGGACGUGGACGUGGACGUGGACGUGGACGUGGACGUGGACGUGGACGUGGACGUGGACAUGGUCGUGGAGGUGGACGUGGAGGUGGACGUGGACGUGGACGUGGACGUGGACGUGGACGUGGACGUGGACGUGGACGUGGACGUGGUCGUGGACGUGGACGUGGACAUGGACGUGGACCUGGACGUGGACGUGGACAUGGACGUGGACCUGGACGUGGACGUGGACGUGGACGUGGACGUGAACGUGGACGUGGACGUGGACGUGGACGUGGACGUGGACGUGGACGUGGACGUGGUCGUGGACGUGGACUUGGACGUGGACUUGGACGUGGACGUGGACGUGGACGUGGACUUGGACAUGGUUGUGGACGUGGUCGUGGACGUGGACGUGGUCGUGGACGUGGACGUGGACGUGGACUUGGACAUGGACGUGGGCGUGGACGUGGACGUGGACGUGGACAUGGACGUGGACGUGGACGUGGACGUGGACGUGGACGUGGUCGUGGACGUGGACGUGGACAUGGACGUGGACGUGGACGUGGACAUGGACAUGGACGUGGACGUGGACGUGGACGUGGACGUGGUCGUGGACUUGGACAUGGUCGUGGACGUGGUCGUGGACGUGGACGUGGUCGUGGACGUGGACGUGGACGUGGACGUGGACGUGGACAUGGACGUGGACGUGGACGUGGACAUGGACCUGGACGUGGACGUGGACGUGGACGUGGACGUGGACGUGGACUUGGACAUGGUCGUGGACGUGGUCGUGGACGUGGACAUGGUCCUGGACGUGGAGGUGGACGUGGACGUGGACGUGGACUUGGACGUGGACGUGGACGUGGACGUGGACAUGGUCGUGGACGUGGACGUGGACGUGGACGUGGACGUGGACGUGGUGGACGUGGACGUGGACGUGGACGUGGACGUGGACCUGGACGUGGACGUGGACGUGGACGUGGACGUGGACGUGGACGUGGACGUGGACAUGGACAUGGACGUGGACGUGGACGUGAACGUGGACAUGGACGUGAACGUGGACGUGGACCUGGACAUGGACGUGGACGUGGACGUGGUCGUGGACGUGGACGUGGACGUGGACGUGGUCGUGGACGUGGACAUGGACGUGGACGUGGACUUGGACGUGGACGUGGACUUCGACGUGGUCGUGGACGUGGUCGUGGACGUGGUCGUGGACGUGGACAUGGUCGUGGACGUGGACGUGGACGUGGACGUGGACGUGGACUUGGACAUGGACGUGGACGUGGACGUGGACGUGGACGUGGACGUGGACAUGGACGUGGACGUGGACGUGGACGUGGACGUGGUCGUGGAUGUGGACGUGGACGUGGACAUGGACCUCGACGUGGACGUGGACAUGGACAUGGACGUGGACGUGGACGUGGACCUGGACGUGGACGUGAACGUGGACGUGGACAUGGACGUGGACGUGGACAUGGACGUGGAGGUGAACGUGGACGUGGACAUGGACGUGGACGUGGACGUGGACAUGGUCGUGGACUUGGACAUGGUCGUGGACGUGGUCGUGGACGUGGACCUGGUCGUGGACGUGGACGUGGACGUGGACGUGGACGUGGACGUGGACAUGGACCUGGACGUGGACGUGGACAUGGACAUGGACGUGGACGUGGACCUGGACGUGGACGUGGACGUGAACGUGGACGUGGACGUGGACGUGGACGUGGACGUGGACGUGGACGUGGACGUGGUCGUGGACGUGGACGUGGACAUGGACGUGGACGUGGACGUGAACGUGGACGUGGACGUGGUCGUGGACGUGGACGUGGACGUGGACGUGGAUAUGGACGUGGACGUGGACGAGAACGUGGACGUGGACAUGGACGUGGACGUGGACGUGGACGUGGUCGUGGACGUGGUCGUGGACGUGGACGUGGACGUGGACGUGGUCGUGGACGUGGACGUGGACGUGGACGUGGACUUGGACGUGGACGUGGACGUAGACGUGGACUUGGACAUGGUCGUGGACGUGGUCGUGGACGUGGACAUGGUCGUGGACGUGGACGUGGACGUGGACGUGGACUUGGACGUGGACGUGGACGUGGACGUGGACGUGGACAUGGUCGUGGACGUGGACGUGGACGUGGACGUGGUCGUGGACGUGGACGUGGACGUGGACGUGGACGUGGACCUGGACCUGGACGUGGACGUGGACAUGGACAUGGACGUGGACGUGGACGUGGACGUGAACGUGGACGUGGACGUGGACGUGGUCGUGGACGUGGACGUGGACGUGGACGUGGACGUGGUCGUGGACGUGGACGUGGACAUGGACGUGGACGUGGACGUGGACGUGGACGUGGACGUGGACCUGGACGUGGACCUGGACGUGGACGUGGACGUGGACGUGGAAGUGGACGUGGACGUGGACGUGGACGUGGACGUGGACGUGGACGUGGACGUGGUCGUGGACGUCGACGUGGACGUGGACGUGGACGUGGACGUGGACGUGGACCUGGACGUGGACGUGGACGUGGACGUGGACGUGGACGUGGACUUGGACGUGGACUUGGACGUGGACGUGGACGUGGAUGUGAACGUGGACGUGGUCGUGGACGUGGUCGUGGACGUGGACGUGGACGUGGACGUGGACGUGGAGGUGGACGUGGAGGUGGACGUGGAGGUGGACGUAGACGUGGUCGUGGACGUGGACGUGGACGUGGACGUGGUCGUGGACGUGGUCGUGGACGUGGUCGUGGACGUGGACGUGGACGUGGACGUGGACGUGGACGUGGACCUGGACGUGGACGUGGACGUGGUUGUGGUCGUGGACGUGGACGUGGACGUGGACUUGGACGUGGACCCGGACGUGGACGUGGACGUGGAGUGGACAUGA